AUGGUGGACAAAGCCACAGUGCGGCCGGUGCGGCUGUGCUUGUACAUACAGAUGGAGUAUUGCGAGAGCACCCUCAGCACGCUCAUAGCCGAAGGACUACCUUCUCAGCCACAGCUGAUCUGGCGACUAUUCAGGCAGAUCGUAGAGGGACUGGCCAACAUACAUCUCAAA